AUGGCAGCUUUCAACCUCACCUCCUCUGACCCUUCAACAUUCAUCCUAAUGGGCAUUCCUGGGUUGGAGGCUGCCCAUAUCUGGAUUUCCAUCCCUUUCGCUACAUUCUACAUUAUCAGCCUGUUGGGAAAUUUCACACUUCUGUCUGUUGUAGGUAAGGAGCAGACCCUGCACAAGCCGAUGUACCUGCUGCUCUGCAUGCUGGCGCUUACAGAUAUUGCAACACCUACCUUUGUCGUACCAAAGGCACUGUGUAUAUUUUGGUUCAAUUUGAAAGGUAUUACUGUGGCUGGCUGCUUCACCCAGAUGUUCUUCCUCCACAUGGUUUCUGUUAUGCACUCAGCCGUCCUCGUGACAAUGGCCUUCGAUCGCUACAUUGCCAUAUGUAACCCUCUGAGAUAUGCCACCAUCCUCACCAAUGCACGACUAGCUAAGCUAGGGCUUGCAGGUUUGAUAAGAGCUGUUCUCUUCAUUCUGCCUCUACCCUUGCUUGUGAGUCAGCAGCCAUUCUGUGCCAACUGCAUUAUCCCCCACACGCAAUGUGAGUACAUAGCUGUGGCAAAGAUGGUGUGUGGGGACAUCACCGUCACCAGGAUAUAUGGCUUGGUGCUAAUGUUUGUAAUCAAUGGGUUAGACUUGACGCUCAUUGCCCUGUCUUACGGUCUGAUCAUCAGGGCCGUCCUCAGAAUCUCCUCUAAGAGAGCCCACCAGAAAGCCCUCAACACUUGCACAACCCACAUCUGUGUGAUGCUGACAUAUUAUACCCCUGGCCUCUUCUCCAAUAUCACACACCAGUUCAGUCAAGGCAUCUCUCCCUACAUUCACAUCAUCUUGGCCAACAUCUAUCUCCUUAUCCCUCCGAUGCUCAAUCCUAUCAUUUAUGGGGUCAAAACCAAAGAGCUUCGUGACAAAGUAGGCAAAUACACCUGCAGAAGGUGA